AUGACGAUUGGUAACAUUACUUCUCCUUCCGAUGUUACUCUUGUUGAUGACAAAGGAAACUCUUCUUCCUCUCGUCCUACUGCUUUCCAUCCUGAUGACUAUACUCACCCGUGCCAUCCUCUUUAUGUACAUCCGUCCGAUGUCUUAGGAGCCUCUCUAGUCUACACUCCUUUCGAUGGAACUAGCUAUGGAAGUUGGCAUCGAAAUAUUCUGAUCGCCCUAUCUAUGCGCAAUAAAUUGAACUUUAUAAAUGGCACUACUAAAAACCCAUAUGUUGGUUCCCCUGUAGUCAGGCAAUGGCAACGUUGUAAUGAUUUAGUUAUAUCUUGGUUGACCAAUUCUCUCACCAAGGAGAUUUCCCGCAGUGUUGAGUAUUCAGAACUGGCCAAAGACAUUUGGCAUGAGUUAGAGGAGAGAUGGUAUGGCUGA